UAGUCCGGAAAUUACGGUAUGUAUUUGAGUUCAAACAACUUAUCAAGCUUGCCUUUUGCUCCCGCAAAAAAUCUGGUUUAACCCUGUUUUGAACAGUGGCACUGUUGAGCGCUAAGCGGCUGCCUGCACUUGAGAGUGUGAGAAGGAGCAAGCAAGUUAUCCAACCCACAUUUGACGUUGAAGGAUAUAUUUUUGUCUUUGAUUCAGUCCUAAAACGAUUGCUAUUUGAAGUGUAGCUGAGCGGGACACCUGGAGCAGCAUUUGGAAAAUGGCUGUGCAACAGAGAAUGCUUAUGAGAGUCAUCAUCACUGAAGGGGACAUAAGGAAGGUGGAACUGACAACAAAGCCUGAUACAGUUGAUAUUUUGGUUGGGUCCCUUAAAGAUGUGCUUCAAAUAAAAUACAACUUCACCCUUCAGUAUAAAGAUCCCAGCUUUGACAACGAACUCUGUAAUUUAACCGAGAUAUCAGAGCUACCUGAACGACCUACUGUCAAAAUCAUUCCUUUGCUUACUCUUGAGGCGGUACCUGACAUACAGAUGAGUUCACCCACAAGUGACACAACAAGCCAGGCUGACACUGACAUCCUCCCCUACUCACCCCAGGAACGACGCCAGUGGCCAGAGCUUUUUGAUAUGUAUAUACCAAAAUUUUCUGUAGAUGUAGAAUACAGACUGCGUCAAGCAAACCUGCUGCAUCUCAGAGAUGGAACACACCUCAACCCAUCAAAGGAGCUAAAACAUGACAUCCUUGAGAGGCUUGCCGAGACCAUAUAUGCCAUGAAAGCUUACCCAACAAAUGCGGAAUUUGAAGCUGUUGCCUCAGCACUGGUGCGAGUGCACCCAUGUCUGAAAGAACAAGGAUCAAUGUCCGGCUGGAGUGGCUGGAAAAACAGCCUGAAAUUCAAGAUGGGGAAUUACAGAACAAAAAUGCGUCAGCUGGGUCACCUUGAUGUCACUGUCAACGGUGGUAAAUACGGAAAGCACUCUCCUUCUGGAGAUCCACCAAACAAGAGAAUCAAGAAGCCAAAGAGAGGAGAAGUCAAUUACUUACCUGAUUAUCCAGAGGGAGAAGAUGAGUCCAGUCUUGAAGAUGCUCGACAGCUGAUGGUUGCAGAAAUGAAGAAGAAAACUCCAAAUACAGCCAUGAUGAAGCAAAAGAUGGAUCUGACAUUUGCUCUUCGAAGGAAAGAAAUUGUGAACGACAAGCCCGCCAUCAUCCAGAUAUGUCAACGAUGGCCUCCUCUCUUUACGGAAAACCAGGUGUGUCUGGAAUUCAGCAGAGUGGUUGGUAAAAGCCUGAGAAAGGAGUUCUAUGAGGCCCUUGACCACCUAUGUCCCAGGCUUAUGGAAAUCUUUAAGGCAAAGAGGGGUCUUACAGGGCAGGUGUUGGCUGACCUGAUGCGACAAACAAAGGCUUCGGAUGUGAUGGAGGUUAGAUCCCUGGUCCUCAGGGGGCUUCCAGUCAUUCUCGGUGAUGAUCCAUCUGCCUUCUUCAAGGCCUGCUUUGACACUGACGGUGAAGACAGUUUGUGGAGUGAUGUUCCAGUGGGGAUCCUCUGCCGUGAACAGGAUAUUUCAGCACACAUGCAGUCCCUUCACCACCAUACAUCCUCAGUGGGAAUCAUCUUGGAGGGCAAGAUUGUGAUGGAUGCCGAGAACCUGCCCCAGGCCAUGUACAUCCUCUUUGGACUUACUUAUGCACUGCAUCUCAACUACCCAAAGUACAUGAAAAACACAUUUGACUUUAUUCAACAGAUACUUCUGAACUUGGGUAAGUCAGAUCUAACACCAAAACUCCAAACACUCAGGAAUCAGCUUGCAAUGUGAGAUCCAGAUCUACCUCCUUUUGCAAAGAUAAAAAUGUCAUAUUUUUUUAUGUACAUUGAAAAUUGGCAAUUAAGGAAAACAUAGCAACUUUCAUCUGCAUUAUGUCAAUUUGUUGAAACAUUAAUUGGAGCAUAUUUAAAAAGGAGAAAAGUGCAGGACAAACUAAAAUGUCACUAACUAAAAAGUAAAUAAUGAGGGGGAAAAUCAUUAGAGGCAGGAGGGGGGUGUAAG